GGAGGAAGAGCUGAGCAGGGAGGCUGCCUGUGCCCAGAGAUGGCAAGGAGAAAGGCACCACAGAAAAUGGCCUUAAAUGUCUCCUUGGAGAGGGAGACUGACCAACGGUCAGCAGGAGAGGCUGGAGGGCAGAGCCACGGCCAGGGGAGUAGGAGCCUCUUCACAGAGGUGGAGCUGAGGAACCGCUUUUCUCAGCCCACUCCCAGCUCAUCCGCUCGAGGGCCACCAGAGCCUCAUGGCAGGGCCACAGCGCUUGCAAGUACCCUUGCAUCCCUGUGGAGAUCCCUGCUGACCAUGUGCAUCUUCACUGGGCAACAGAUGGCUGUGCACAAGAAGAGGUGCUUGAAAUUCAUUGUCUUCUUGCUUCUGAUGGUUCUUGCUGGUGUUUACUGUGGGACCUCACUGCCGGUGUGGACGAUGCGAGCAAAGGCACAGAGAGAGGAUCUGUCAUGGGCAUCCGCAGCAGAAACAAAGAUGCUGAGGAAUUUGCAAACCACUUGGACAGAGCAAACCCAAAAGUUGCAGCUUGUGCUGGAGGAGUUGGCUCAGCUGAGGGUGGAGAUAAGCAGUUGGAAGAAGGAGAGGCAGGAGGUGAACCAGGCAGCACUGAAGCUGGCUUUGGAAACCUACUUUGAAAGAUAUGACUGGGCCCUGAAAAGUUCUGGUGCUGUCAUUGACAUGCAGAGAACUUCGAAGACAUAUGACUGCAAAGACAAUUGGGUGUGCAAGGUUGUAUGGUUCUUCCACACUUUCAACCCUCCUGAUACGAUUUUAAAGUCCAAUGGUAAUGCUCAAGCCCACAGUGCUGAUCUGUUGCCUGAAUCCAAAGCUUGA